UGUAGUCUAUGGUUUUGACAAUUGCCAAAUCAGCCAGCCUUUUCCGUCUGCUUGCAAUCACAAAAAAAUCCAUAUUUAUAAAAUUUUCUGAAUGAGUGCAUAGCCAGACAGUGUAAUAUUGUGUAUGUGAUUAGUCCCUAGUCGCCGCAUGCAUACGUGAUCAACGUUAUGGCGACGUACGAGGAGUUUAUUCAGCAGAAUGAGGAUAGAGAUGGCAUACGAUUCACAUGGAACGUUUGGCCAUCGAGUAGAAUCGAGGCGACGCGGCUGGUGGUUCCCCUGGCGUGUCUCUACCAGCCGCUGAAGGAGCGGCCUGAUUUGCCGCCGAUCCAGUACGAACCCGUGUUGUGCACGCGCAAUACUUGCCGGGCGAUCUUGAACCCGAUGUGCCAGGUCGACUACAGAGCUAAAUUAUGGGUCUGCAACUUCUGCUUCCAAAGGAAUCCUUUUCCACCCCAAUAUGCAGCCAUAUCGGAACAGCACCAACCUGCAGAACUGAUCCCUAACUUCUCAACAAUAGAAUACACAAUCACCCGCGCCCAGACCAUGCCACCGAUCUACUUGCUUGUCGUGGACACUUGCAUGGAUGAAGAGGAAUUAGGAGCAUUGAAGGACUCAUUACAGACUUCCCUGAGUCUUAUGCCGCAAAAUGCUCUUGUUGGACUGAUUACCUUUGGCCGUAUGGUGCAAAUACAUGAAUUGGGCACAGAUGGAAUUUCGAAAUGUUACGUAUUCAAAGGCACCAAAGACUUGUCUGGCAAGCAGAUUUCUGAACAGCUAGGGAUUGGCCGUGUCAACGCUACCAACCCCCAGCAGAGACCAGGCCAGCCCGCUCCCCUGCCACCCGCACACCGCUUCUUACAGCCGGUGAAACAAUGUGAUAUGGCUCUGACAGACCUUCUUGGUGAACUGGGACGGGACCCAUGGCCUCUAGGAGUUGGCAAAAGGCCAUUACGCAGUAGUGGUGUGGCCCUUUCACUAGCCGUGGGCUUGUUAGAAGUAACCUAUCCGAGUACUGGUGCUAGAAUAAUGUUAUUCCUCGGUGGCCCAUCCUCCCAGGGGCCCGGUCAGGUUGUGAAUGAUGAACUAAAGCAGCCUAUCAGGUCCCAUCAUGACAUACAUAAGGACAAUGCCAAGUAUAUGAAGAAGGCUAUCAAGCAUUACGAAGCUCUGUCUUUACGAGCUGCUAGCAAUGGACACUGUAUUGAUAUAUACUCUUGUGCUUUGGACCAGACAGGCUUAAUGGAAAUGAAGCAACUAUGUAAUUCAACAGGUGGUCACAUGGUAAUGGGAGACUCAUUCAACUCAUCGCUAUUUAAGCAAACAUUCCAGAGGGUAUUUGCCAAGGAUCAAAAGGGCGAUUAUAAAAUGGCAUUUAAUGGAACAUUAGAGGUUAAGUGUUCUCGAGAAUUGAAAAUAUCGGGCGCGAUCGGGUCGUGCGUGUCACUGAACUCGAAGGGCCCGAGCGUGGCGGAACAGGAGGUGGGCAUGGGCAACACCAGCACGUGGAAGAUGUGCACCUUCACGCCCAGCUCUACCAUGGCCAUAUUCUUUGAGGUGGCGAACCAACACGCAGCGGUGCCGCAGGGCGGGCGCGGCUGCGUGCAGCUCAUCACGCAGUACCAGCACUCUAGCGGCCAGCGUCGCGUGCGCGUCACCACCGUGGCUAGGAACUGGGGCGACGCAGCAGUGAACUUGCACCACAUCGCGGCCGGCUUCGACCAGGAGGCGGCGGCGGUGGUUAUGGCGCGCCUGGUCGUGUACCGCGCCGAGCUCGAGGACGGGCCUGACGUGCUUCGCUGGCUAGACCGCAUGUUAAUCCGCCUGUGCCAGAAGUUCGGCGAGUACGGCAAGGACGACCCGAACAGCUUCCGUCUGUCCGAAAACUUCAGCCUCUACCCGCAGUUCAUGUACCACCUGCGCCGCUCGCAGUUCCUGCAGGUCUUCAACAACUCGCCCGACGAGACCACCUUCUACAGACACAUGCUGAUGCGCGAAGACCUCACGCAGUCGUUGAUCAUGAUCCAGCCGAUCCUGUACUCGUACAGCUUCGGCGGGCCGCCUGAGCCCGUGCUGCUCGACACGUCCUCCAUCCAGCCCGACCGCAUCCUGCUCAUGGACACCUUCUUCCAGAUCCUCAUCUACCACGGGGAGACCAUAGCGCAAUGGCGCGCGCUUCGCUACCAAGACAUGGCGGAGUACGAAAGCUUCGCGCAACUACUGCGCGCGCCCGUCGACGACGCACAGGAGAUCCUGCAGAGCCGCUUCCCUGUGCCGCGGUACAUCGACACCGAGCAUGGCGGCUCCCAGGCCCGUUUCUUGCUGUCCAAGGUGAACCCGUCGCAGACUCACAACAACAUGUACGCCUAUGGAGGGGCGAUGCCGAUCCCAUCAGCGGACGGUGGCGCCCCCGUGCUGACCGAUGACGUCUCGCUGCAAGUGUUCAUGGAACAUCUGAAGAAGUUGGCGGUAUCUUCCACCGCGUAAACACGACUUACGCCUUUCAGUACUUGUGUUUUAGUUCGACUUUUGUUUAAUGUACAAUUUUAUUCUACACAUGUACGAUACUUACUCGUCUACAAAACGAUUAUUUUAUAUUAUCUGUUUGAAAUGGAAUCAAAAUUGACCAUACCAGUCGAAUCAACUUUUAUCUGAGUGGAUAAAAAUAA